CAAAACAAAUAUAAUCAACAUACGUCUGUAGUGUCACAUCUGUGUUAUCGCUGGGUUGGUUUAGUUAGGCAUGUGAAAUCGCCGAGUCACGUCAUCAUAGGCAAGGACGAAUCCGACAUUUUGACACAACAGACAAGAAAGUGAAGUCUGACCGGAGAUGCCAUACAAGGUCGAAACAGUUCUAAAGGACGCCGUGUCCACCAUUGGUGAAGCUCCCCACUGGGACGACGCCACACAGACGUUGCUCUACGUCGACAUCCUCAAGGGAGAUAUUCAUAGAUAUGACCCCGCCAAUGGCAAAGUCGACGUCCUCCAUUUAGACGGAGGUGUGGGGUUCGUUAACUUCGUUGUUCCUCGGAAAAAUGGUGCACUGGUCGCGGGGUCUGGCCAGGCGUUCGUGUCAGUGGACUGGGAGACUAAGACGGUCACCAAACUGGCGGAGGUAGAUCCUGGAACGAACAACAAGCUGAACGACGGGAAGUGUGACGCCAGAGGAAGAGUGUGGGCAGGUACACUAGAUGGACAGCUGACGCCUCACAAAGGCAAUCUGUACUGCCUGGAUAUUGACGGAAGUGUCAGCAAGCAGGACGAGAACUUCACCACCUCCAACGGCAUGGCGUGGUCCCCGGACAACAACACCAUGUACUUCAUCGACACGUCACCUCGCGAAGUGUACGCGUACGACUACGACAUUGAGAAGGGAAAAAUAUCCAAUCGUCGCGUUGUGGUUAAUUUCAACGACGUCCCCGAGCUGAGCAGCAAAGACGUACUGGGUCCUGACGGCAUGACGAUUGACACUGAGGGUAAUCUGUGGGUGGCCUGUAUGGGUGCCGGGUGUGUGGCUAAAAUUGAGCCAAAAACAGGUAAGAUGCUACAGAAGGUGGACAUACCUGAUGCAAAAAGAAUCACCUCUGUGUGUUGGGGCGGCAAGAACCUGGACGAGCUCUAUCUGACCACUCUUAAAAUGCACCCUACAAGAGCAGCAUUUCCUGUGAUCGACUCCCUGGACGGCUCGCUGUUCAGAGUUACAGGUCUUGGAGUACAUGGUCUACCAGCAGAGGUGUAUCGUGGGUAAACCUUACAGAGAAGUUUUGCCCUCCAAUCUCCAGGGAAGAUGAAAUAAAGCUUAAACGUUUCCA